AUGCCCCCGCGCGAGCGAACCGAGGAGUCGCCGCCCUACUUCGAGGGAGACUAUGUGCCUCCCCCUCCUCCUCCUCCCCCGCCACUGGAGGCCUUCCUGGGCAUUGAUCAGCUGGCCGGUAGUCGGCCCGGAUUUGCGGCUUGCCUCCGCUACAGCGCGGAGACCGACGGCGAAAACGCAGCCGCUCGGAUUCGUUAUGGCCGCGAGGCAGUUUUGGUGGCCGCUCGGCCCCAUCGCUUCGCGUACCAGGUGGCCGUGCAGUCCCUCGGCCAGUUCAUGCAGCCCCCGUUCAUCGACGAUGGCGGGAAUAUUGUUGCCCGCUUCGUCCUGGUGCAGUCUCGUUUCCUUCUUCUCCGUCGCGCCAUCCACCGUGCCAACCCGAUGAUUGCUAUGGUCGGGCAGCCCGCCCUUGUCAACUACGUGGAGGAGUACAGUCUACAGUUCAAUAGGGCUAGGGGCCGCUUGAUUCAGUUGAUUGCUACCGCCGGCGCGCACCGCCAUCAUCCCGCGUAUUUGCGCCUCCAAAGGGCCGGGCUCGGUUGGGUGCGCGAAAUCGGCAUCCUGAGGGCUGAGCUUCAGCAGCUGGUGGCGGCGCUCUUUAAU